AUGUCGACCGUGACAACCACCCAACUCAGCCAUGAGUCAAUUGACUUGCGAGAUGUUCGCAACGAAUUUCCUCUCGAGACCGAGAGACAGAAUCAGAGUGAUGGCCCUACGGCGUCCAAAGCCCGCCAAGCAACGACAACUUUCCAGCUGUCAGGCCUCAACUUCUUGUCCCCGGCUGUGAACGGAAUUAUCCUAGUCAGUUUGCCUACACUUGUCGCCGAGCUCAAUCUGCCGGAGCAGCUGCACGUCUGGCCUAUAUCGGUCUACGGUCUUGCCGUGGGAUCGACAAUCCUCCCUGUCGGCUCUCUCGCCGACGCGGCCGGGAGUCGCAUCGUGGACCUCGUCGGCUGUUUCUCCAUGGCCCUUCUCUUGCUGGCCAACGGCUUCGUCAAAUCAGCCUUCUCGAGCGUUUGCGCCACCAUGCUGUUGUCUUUCGCCGUACUAAAGUCAAUGGAGCAAUACUGCAGUCUGUUCUUUCAAGAGGUACAAGGGUUGUCUGCAACGGAGACAUCCACCCGACUUCUCCCCAGCCUUGUCGUCGGCAUAAUCCUCAACUUCACCACUGGCCUGUUUGUCCACAAGGUUUCUGCCCGAUGGUUGGUGGCCGGCUCGUCGAUAGUCUGCGCCGGCGGCCCGGUCCUGAUGGCGCUCGCCAAGCCGGAGUGGCCAUAUUGGUACAACGCCUUCUUCGCCCAGCUCCUGCAACCGAUCAGCGGCGACAUUCUCUUCACCGUCGGCCUCAUUAUUGUGUCCGAGGCGUUCCCUGAAGAUACGCAGGCACUUGCAGGAGCAGUGUUCAAUGCGGCAUCCCAGUUCGGGACCUCCCUCGGCCUUGCCAUCAUGCAGGUCGUGGCGGGCGCGGUGACCAAUAAGGCGGCGGCGCGGGAGACGCCAAUCGAUGCUCUCCUCCUUGGCUACCGAGCCAGCUUCUGGGCAAUGACUGGCUUCAUGGUGCUCUGCUUCGCCCUUGGCCUUGUCGGGCUGCACAAGACAGGGAAGGUGGGCAAUAAGAAGGAGGAUUAG